GUUAACAGUGAUGGCUGUGAGGUGAAGCCUUGCAGGAAAGUGGCUGUGAUUCAAUGCUGUGCAGUAACCUUGGCUUCUGUUUCCUGCGCUUCUAAAGCAGAUCUAGGAAGACGCACCUCCACUCCAGCACCCCAGAGCAAAAUCCCUUCUGAUGGGAAACUGCAGCGUAAGCAGAAACACCGAGAGUCGACACCCCAAAAUGAAUAUGUGAAGAAACUGAGAACUCGCUCGGUUCAGAAUCUUUCUGCACAAGAUAGCCGACCACUUCCUGUGGGAUAUACAGCGACUCCACAUCCCGACAGUUCUGCAACCCAGGGCAACUUCAUUUCCAUACAAACUCCCCAGCAGAUUCCUUCAGAGCAGAUCUUGUAUCACUGUACUGAAUGUGGCACCAAUUUCAGUGACCGGGGAAAGCUGAAAAUACACCAGCGUAGUCACACAGGAGAGAAACCAUAUGAGUGUCCUGACUGUGGGAGGAGUUUUAAUCAGAAAUGUAACCUGAGAACACACAAGCUAACUCACACAGGAGAGAAACCGUUUCACUGUGCAGAUUGUGGGAAGGGUUUUAAUCAGAAAGUACACCUUCAAAUACACCAGCGAAUUCACACGGGAGAGAAACCGUUUCACUGUGCAGAUUGUGGGAAGACAUUCAGAUUUGCAACUGGAUUAAAAGUACACCAACGUAUUCACACAGGAGUGAAAACAUACGAGUGUUCUGACUGUGGGAAGAGUUUUAUUCAGAAAAGUAACGUUCAAGCACACCAGCGAAUUCACAAGGGAGAGAAACCGUUUCACUGUGCUGAUUGUGGGAAGAGUUUUAAUCAGAAAGGUGCUCUUCAAAAUCACCAGCGAAUUCACACAGGAGAGAAACCGUAUGAGUGUCCUGACUGUGGGAGGCGUUUCAGUUACAAAUGUAACCUUCAAACACACCAGCGAAUUCACAAGGGAGAGAAACCGUUUCACUGUGCUGAUUGUGGGAGGAGUUUUAAUAAGAAAGGUGCUCUUCAAAAUCACCAGCGAACUCACACAGGAGAGAAACCGUACGAGUGUCCUGACUGUGGGAGGCGUUUUAAUCAGAAAUGUAACCUUCAAACACACCAGCGAAUUCACACAGGAGAGAAACCGUAUGUGAGUCCAGUAUGUGGGAGGAGUUUCAGUCGAAGACGCAGCCUCAGAACACACCACAUAACCCACACUUGAGUGAAACCUUUUGAGUGUAGUGAGUGUGGGAAGAGAUUUGUAGAGUCAAAAAAACUAAAGAAACACAGUCUAGUUCACAGAGAUUCAGUCAGUCAGGACACUUAAAAACAAAAAAAAGAAUUCAGUUUACUCAAUAAAAGCAUCUCAAUCACACCAGAAUACCAAAGCAGACCCUGCGUCUCUCUCGUCGGUCUCAAAUACAGGCAACUGUGAAAAUAAACAAAUUCAACUCAAAAAAAUCCCAAGCCUGCUGUGUAGGCAAAUGAUUGUAGCCCUGUUUCCUACAGCAGUGCUUCUGAAACUGGGGAGGCACAGAAUGUAUCUUGGGGGGGGGGGGGGGUGGUGAGAAAGCUCAUGCAAACAUGUGUAGAAAUGAACGCACACAUCUUAACCUGUAUAUAUAUUAAAACAAAUGCUACUGCUGACACCUCCUGCCACACGAAGUACCGCAGACAAGAGGAAGGGUCCCAGGGUGUCAGCUUCAACAACAUUACUGGGGAGUGGCUUCCAGACCCUCACCAGUCUCUGUGUAAAAAAAAGUGCCUCCUAUUUUCUUCUCAAUUUAAGGGUCUAUAUUUUCAGUGACAGAUCUUAGAACAUUAGUAGCUACACCACAACCCUGCAGAUUUGU